AUGUUCAGCAAUGAGAUAGUGGACGUCUCAAACACGAGCACAGCGUUGCAACACUUGUUUAGACUGCGAAAGAUCCAAGCCAACAUCCGAAGAUACUGGGAUGAGCCAACGGAUAUCCAAAAUUUGAAUGAUAGAUCGUUCAAGCUGGCAUUGGAUGAGUGGAGGAAAGACAUACCUCAAUACUCUGCGGAAGAAGCGCAGAGAACCUAUCUCGAUCCUUUAUGGAUGACAAAACUAUAUGACUACAGUGUAAUCAUCCUUAUGCAGGGAAAGCGGAAACACCUCAUGCGCGAAGAUCUUGAUGAUAUCCUUUCGGCUGGAGUUGAGGUAUGUCUUAACUAUAGACUUCUGCAGGAAGAAGACCAGGUGAUGUGCUUUACAUGGUCUGCGGUGAGUCUACGCUAG